CUGUCUCCUUUUCUCCGAACGUCCGUCGCCGGUUCGCGUCGACACGAUACUUUCCUACAGUUUCUCGUGGUUUCUCGGUGCGCGCGGUUCAGGCGAUUGAGUGGUCAAGUGUAUUCAGUGUGCCCUCAAGAACCGAGUUUCAAUUCUAAUCGUCACUGAUAUACCAGGAAUUUUGGUAAUUAAUACAGUGCCGCAGGCCACCCGACGGCUCAUUAACCACUGGAUUGAGUCUUUCGAAUCCCACAACCAGAUCUUUAGAACUCUAGAAUUACUGGUGUACACGGUACAAGUUCGGGUCAAUCAGAUUGUUACAUCCAUGGCCUCCAUGGGGCCUUCGUCGAAACCGAAAGAAUUACUGGCUGUUCCACUGGCGAAUCAAGUAAGGUUGGUACCAAAAAUUAUAAAUGGCGGUAUCGCAGGAAUUAUCGGUGUGUCCGUGGUGUUUCCACUGGAUUUGGUCAAGACACGAUUACAGAAUCAAGUGGCUGGACCCAAUGGCGAGAAAAUGUACAAGUCGAUGUUUGACUGCUUCAAGAAAACAUACAGAGCGGAAGGUUAUUUCGGUAUGUACAAAGGAUCGGGAGUCAACAUUCUCUUGAUCACACCAGAGAAAGCUAUUAAAUUGACUGUAAACGAUGUAUUUAGGCAUCAACUGUCUCCCGGACCUGGAUUGCCCUUACCGUUGGAGCGAGAAAUGCUGGCUGGAGGAGGUGCUGGAGCUUGUCAAAUAAUAGUCACAACCCCCAUGGAAUUACUGAAAAUUCAAAUGCAAGACGCGGGUAGAGUUGCUGCUGCGGCUAAGGCUAGUGGGCAGGAAGUACCAAAAAUAUCGGCAUGGUCGUUGAGUAAAGAUCUGUUCAAGCAUAGAGGUAUUCUUGGUCUGUACCAAGGCACGGGGGCAACAGCCCUGCGAGAUGUUACCUUUUCUGUUAUAUACUUUCCUCUCUUCGCUCGAUUGAAUAAUUUAGGACCUAAACGUGAAGAUGGCUCUUCUGUAUUUUGGUGCUCAUUCCUUUCGGGUUGCGUAGCAGGUUCAGUUGCUGCACUUUCGGUAAAUCCAUUUGACGUUGUAAAGACACGGUUACAAGCCAUUAAGAAAGCACCUGGCGAUCCAACGUACAAUGGUGUUGUGGACUGUAUAAAAAAAACAUUGAUGCAGGAAGGUCCAACAGCAUUUUUCAAAGGAGGUGCUUGCAGGAUGAUAGUAAUAGCACCACUAUUUGGUAUUGCGCAAACUGUAUACUACCUUGGUGUAGCCGAAUAUCUGAUGGGCUUGAAGUAGAAAUGUUAAUUAACUGUGAUUUUUUCACAUAUAUAUGUUGUUAUGCCGACAAUAAGUCCUUACAUAUUUUAGGACUAGAAGUAUUCGUAUAGUGAUGAUGUAGCACAAAUGGCCAUUGAUAAUGCGAUUGAUUUAAGAUCAAGCAUUCAAUUUAUAAAAAUUCAUGAAAAGCUUCGUUAGCAUAUCUACAUAUCCACAAUGAAAUAUUAUUUAUUCAAAGUUAGUGUGAAAAAUAUGUCCUUUUGGUCUUUUGUGCUAUUCUGAAGUAAAUUAUUAUUUAAAAAAUUUUAAUUGGAAAUAGGUCUGUUAUUGAUUAUGAUCAAGUAAUUUAUAACUAGUACGAUUCUGUCAUCUUAGCAUUUACAAUUAGGUAGUUUCCAAAUUGCAUUGCUCUUAUAUAAUGUGCAUUGAAUUAGUGUAUAUUAAUAUGGUUAUAUAUUUUUGCUCACCAUUUGUACUUUGUAAAUUUAACGCACUGGCGGAUAUAGAUCUAUGAUUUUUCUUAUAUUGAAUUCUCUCAUGUUUUAAGAGCUUUUCACAUUUUAAGGACAACGAAAAGUAGGCAGUCCCUUUAUGGCAUGGUUGAAUAUGCAUACUCACACUGUAGUGGUAUGUUUGCUAAUGCCAAGACUCAGUAUUUGCUUCUUGUAGAGAAAUAUUUUGUUAUUUACGAGGAUUUCGAUUUAUUUAUUUUUUUUCUUCUAUUUGUUAAUUAUUUUUAUUUACGAAUUAGAAAAAAUUGAAAUACGUACAUAUUUAGUUAGACAAGUAUUGUAUAAUUUUCUCUCUAUGACAUUAUCAACUAUCUAGGUUUCGAUGCCGUAGUUGUUCGUAAGUAUUAACGAGAAAACUACGACUGGGUUUACUAUUCUGCUCGUACUUAGAUUUGCCGGCUCAAUAAUGCAAAUAUGAAUUAAAAUUUUAUUGUUAGUGAUUUCAGUGAAUUGUUUUAGUUGACUGGAAUUUGGAUUAAGAAAAACAAAAAUAGAAAAAAAAAAAAAAAAUAACGUGAUUGAAUACUUGGAGAUAAGUAUGUGUAUUCUGAUCUCAAAAAAUGUAUCAAAAAUAUUUUUAGAACGAGCCAUAUACAGCUUUGUUAUUGAAAGAAACAACGACUUUACAAAAACACUGAUUUCACGAUAUAAUGUAUGAUAUAAACAGGAUGAUAAUAAUUCCUGUGCAGAGAACGGAUCGGCAUUAACAACGAUGUUAACUUUCACAACAUUAGUCAAGCCAAUAACUCUUAACAAGUUCGAGAGAAAUUCGUUAUUCUUAUCUGAACCUUCAUUGUCAUUAUUGUAAAUUACUAUUUUAGUCAAUAUACUACGAUAAUAUAUUACGAAAUGCUCAUACAGGCAUCAGCACUUGUUUCCCGUAUUUCUACUUUUGUUAAUAGCUGUUCAAAAACAGUUACAUUCCGAGAUUGGCUUACUAAGAUAGUUUGUGCUGAGGUCGUAUGGUUGAGAUAGUUUAGAAAACCUGAACUGCUCAGUUUCAAUACUUUGUCGCCAGUGUCAGUUUUCCAUUCUGUUUCUUCAUGGUACAUACAGGAGACAUUAUAGUAGUAGAAUAAAUAAUAAGAUAUUUUUUGCAUUCAAAUAUUAUUUGUGGAUCUUUUAGAAUAUAAAAACAAAAAUUCAAUUUCAAUUAUUAUUCGCGUAGACUAACAGUAGAUCUUGCCAAUGGCCAUGUGUACUAUUAUUAUAAUACACAUUUCUAAUUGUAAGUGAAAGGAAAUUGUAUGUCUCAGGUGGCAGUUUUAUAAUUGUUGAACUUGCUGAGUGCAAACUGUAUUUUAUAAAUAUUCUGUAUGCCUAAUUCAAUACAGCUUAUGCUCUAGAAGAGCAUUAAGUCAAUUGAAAAAU